GCGGCCGCGCCGUCCGGCCCGCAGCCCACCGCCACCACCACCCCUCCUCGGCGCGCACUGUAUCGAAAUGGCCGAUGAUAACGAAGACCUGCAGGCAGAUGAAGAGCUCCCGGCUCCAGCUGAGGACAGCUUUGAGCAGCUGGAGAACGAUAGCCCUGCUGAGCGCAGCGGGCACGUGGCAGUCACCGAUGGACGCUGCAUGUAUGUCUGGGGAGGCUAUAAGAAUGCCCAAGUUAGGGGAUUUUAUGACUUCUAUCUGCCUAGAGAUGAAAUAUGGAUCUACAACAUGGAAACUGGAAGAUGGAAGAAGAGUAAAACAGAGGGAGAUGUUCCACCUUCCAUGUCUGGAAGUUGUGCCGUGUGUGUAGACAGAGUGGUGUACCUCUUUGGAGGACAUCAUGCACGUGGCAAUACAAACAAGUUCUACAUGUUAAAUUCCAGAUCCACGGACAAAGUGCUGCAGUGGGUCAGAGUAGAGUGUCAGGGGGUACCCCCUUCAUCAAAGGACAAACUUGGCGUUUGGGUUUACAAAAACAAGCUAAUAUUUUUUGGAGGCUACGGUUAUUUUCCUGAAGGCAAACAACGGGGAACUUUUGAAUUUGAUGAAACCUCUUUCUGGAAUUCAGGUCUUCCUAGAGGGUGGAACGACCACGUGCAUGUUCUGGACACUGAAACUUUUACUUGGAGCCAGCCUAUAACUACGGGUAAAACUCCAUCACCACGAGCAGCUCACGCCUGUGCUACCGUUGGGAACAGAGGCUACGUGUUUGGUGGCAGAUACAGAGAGUCCAGAAUGAAUGAUCUUUACUAUCUGAAUUUGGAUACGUGGGAGUGGACUGAAAUAAUCACGCAAGGCAUUUGCCCAGUUGGCCGAUCGUGGCAUUCUUUAACACCAAUUUCCUCGGAUCACCUCUUUCUCUUUGGAGGAUUCACCACUGACAAGCAGCCAUUAAGUGAUGCUUGGAUUUAUUGUAUCAGCAAGAAUGAGUGGAUACAGUUUGAGCACAACUAUUCUGAAAAACCAAGGUUGUGGCAUACCGCUUGUGCAAGCGAAGAGGGAGAGGUGAUCGUCUUUGGGGGCUGUGCCAACAACUUACUUGCCCAUUCUAAAGCUGCUCACAGUAAUGAAAUACUUGUGUUUUCUCUACAACCAAGAUCUCUUGUAAGGCUGUGCCUCGAAGCAGUCAUUUGCUUUAAGGAGAUGCUGGCCAGUUCCUGGAAUUGCCUCCCCAAGCACUUGCUGCACAGCGUCAAUCAGCGGUUUGGAAGCAACAACACCUCGGGCUCCUGAGCCCUCUGCAGACACCGCUGAACGAGCUGUGCAGGGAUGAGCAGGUCUAAGAAGAUGUAAUAAUUUUACCAAGUGUGGCAAACAUUAAACUUGUAUAGGCUGAGUAUCUGUAUCGUUGUAGGUAGUUGCUUCUUGCCUUUAAGUUGCAUGUGAAUGGCCUAGAGAGAACCUAUUUUUGUGUAAAAGAUGUUUGCAAUAAAUGUAUUUAACGCAAGUGGCGAUGUAUCCUGUGCUUAAGCUAAAACUAGUUCUGGGUUUGUCCACCUUGAAGUACGUGCGAGGGCCAGCCCCAAGCGAGACGAUGGGGCGUGCACGUGUGGAACUACUUGUUGUGGAGUCCCCGGUCAAGGACCUGAGGACUUUAGUGGUUGUGCAGGAAAUACUGAGGCACACCAGGACUGUCGAAGAGGAGUGUUGCUUUAGUUUAGGCUGAAGAUUGCUGUGACGGGUGAGCAGUUCUGUUUUAGCCUACAGCAUUAGGAAACUGCUUAACAUUUUGCCACAAAUGCUUAAGGUCAGAGAAAUGGGAUUUGGAAAUUGUACGUUGUCAGAGUUGAUAAACUGUUGUAAACCUUCAGAUGUUAAAGCACCACUACUCUCUGCUUGUUUGUAGUUUGGGGUUGUUUUUUUUUUU